AUGUCGGCGCACGCUCGCGCAGGGUCUGGCUCGUCGUCCGACACCGCCCGCAUGAAGCGCGACGUGCGGUUCAAGGAUCCGGUCGUGGAGCCAGAGUCCGAGGAGGAGGAGGGGAGUGAGUUUGGCGGGGACCAGGAGGGGGCUGUUGGGCCUGGCGCGAGGGAGGCGGAAGUCGCGCGCGAGUCGAAGCAGUCGCGGGCGGUCGCGACGAGCUCGUCCUGGACAGACUUUGACUUUUCGAUAAUGCUCGCGCUGGCUGCGCCCAUCGGGAAUUGGCUUACCGGGACAGAUCACCUGAAGAAUUUGUUCCUCAUAUGCUUGCUUAUUUUCUACCUGCACCAGAUUAUCGAGGUUCCAUGGCAACUGUACCAGUCUGCACUACCCCGCAGGAUCCCACCAGGCGUCAAGACGCCCCCAGAACCCGACUCGACCCACUCGCACCUCGCCGAGCUCGCGCGCUCCGAACUCCGGCAGCACGAGUUCAUCUACCUCGCGCUCUCCCUCGCCUCGCCCUUCAUCGGCGCGUACCUCCUCCGCCACGGCCUCGCCGCGCUGAGCUCCGACGGCGCCGCCCCGCCGCUCUCCUGGUUCUCCAUCACCCUCUUCAUGUUCGCCGUGGGCAUCCGCCCAUGGUCGCACCUCAUCAAGCGCCUCCGCGCGCGCACACACGACCUGCACGACACCGUGCACUACCACCACCUCUCGCAGACCCUCGCCGGCGGGCUCGAGGCCGAGAGCAAAAUCAGGGAGCUCGCCGAGCACGUCCGGACGCUCGAGGCGGAGCUGCAGCGGCUGAAGCACGCCGCGGAGGACAGCAAGGCGCUCCUGGAGGACGAGCACGACGACUUGGCCGACAGCGUCAAGGACCUCAAAGGCUCCCUGAAGAAGCACGAGCGCAAAUCCGACGCGGCGCGGACGGCGCACGAGAAGCGGCUGCACGCCGUCGAGACCACGCUCGGCUUCGUGCUCGAGCACCUCAAGCACCAGGAAAAGCUGCGCACGCAGGACCCGUGGAACAAAUCCAUAUCCAGCGCGAACGGCUUCGUGCAGGCGCACCCGUUCCUGCACUACCUCGCCUCCACGCUGCUCUACAUCCCCAACAAGCUGCUGGCGGUAGUGACCCCGCCCGCGUCGCCCCUGGACGGCACGAACGGAUUCGUCGAAGUCACGCAUUCGCCACCGGGCGCGAAGAGUCACGCGAGCCAGGUUCCGGGCCUCGAGACGAUCGAUGAGGACUCGGACGACGCGACGCUCUCACCGCCCUCUGGAGAAGCUGACACCAAAGACAGGCCGAAGAGGGGACGCAGGGGACGCCGACGAGCUACUUCCAGACAAAGGUCUGCCGGUUACAGCGUGCGGGAUCUCGCCAUACAGGCGGUGACGCUCCCGUACCGCGCGGCAGAGAGGGUGCUGGUGAUAGCGACUUCGCCGAUCCACAAGCAUCUUAUGUGAUUGUUUGCAGCGCUUUCUCUGUUCGAAUUCCCGGUGUAAUUGUAGUCUGACCUCACUUCGUUGUAUCGUACACACUUGCCUCAUUGCCUAUAGUUAUUAUCGCAUGUAUCCCCGUACGUAUCCUGUAUACUAGCGUUCAUUCCGACGGACAUUGUUAUCAUCCUAAGGCGGCUCAAGCCUGAGAUCGUAUUGCACAUUGAGCAUUGGAGAUAUUAUACAUGGAUUGAUAGACAAAUGCAGCCUAUUAGGUAGGUAAGUGAAGAAUUCCGCAAAGUGAACCGUCCUCCGAGAAAUAAAAUGUAUGCAUUCGGACAUCUAUCCCUACGCGGGCCCGCCAUCCCAACUCGCCCGCUUUCUCUUAUUGUCGUUGCCGUGGUUGAGGAGGAGAUCUUGGGGUGACACGGCACUUUGACCUCUGUGAUGGUGGACAGGUGGUCGACUUGCGG